UGCAGUUUAAUGAUGGAUGGAACUGUAGCAGCAGAUGAUGAAUACAUGACGAUGGAUGCUGACACAUGGUCAGAUCCUGCUGACAUGUAUGAAAACAACUAUACCCCUGAUUGUGAUUUAAAGGGUAAAGAGGGUUCAUGGGGAUGCAAAUCAGGACCUGAUUCAAGGGAACAGAAGAAAGAAGAGAUGAAAAAAGAGAAAGCUGCUACUAACACCCACAGCCCAACAACUGCACAUCCUCCUAUCCCUCUAUGCGACAGAUACAUCACUAUCAAACACCCUCCAGCAAAUGCAAAACAAAGAAAAAGGAUAUCUACAUUAGAUGUCCUCAGGCUUACUACACUCGGCUUGGUGUUGCUGUGUAUUCUGUUACUCGGAGGGUUGCUCAUUCUGAGCUUUAAUUAUGUCAGAUUAUGUGAGGAGCAGAUAGAACUGGCUAAAAGUCUAACUGAGGAGAAACAGAAGUUGAAAGACAAAAUAGGUAAUCUGAGAAACCAUACCAGAACAGUCUACUGUGUUUCCAGCAUACAAGACUUUGAUUGUUCCGGGUCUGACCUGCUCAUACUAAAUCCCGAUGAGCACUUCCAUAAUCUGGGUAUCAAGGUGUUCUUAAAUGGAACCUGCAACAUCUCUUUUUCCUAGACUUGCACUCCACGUCCCCACCUGUUGGUGCCAAACUGGAGACAAAUCAACAAUGUAAAGGGAUAACCAUUUGUUCAGAUCAUAUAUUCAUAACCAUGUUUUAAUCUGUUUAUCAUUUCUUAGAGUAUGUUUUGGGUUUGUUUGUGCAGCAUAUUCUACAGGUCUGAUAUAGUAUCAUAUUUCUUGUCUGCCAUUUAUUUUUGUUCGUAUGUAUUUUUAUGCUUUUUAACAUUUUUUUUAUACACAUAUGUCCAACUACAUAUACUGUAUGGUGUUUUAAAGAACACAAGUAAUGAAUGAUUAUUUGAAUUUCUUAAGUAAGAAACAAUGUUUCCAGUUUUUGCAAAGCCAAGAAAAUUACUUUUGCAUUUUUCUCUCUAAACAUCCACCAAAAAACUUGACCACUUCACUGGCAAAUUUGUGACAGCUGUCCCACAAAAUAUUUCUCUAAGUGUAAAAUGGUUGCGGUAUAAACUAACAUAUUUUUAACUGAUACAAGGGACUCCUUCAUUCCCAAACUGUUUUUGUUAAGUAAUUCCCAUGGGAGGCAUAAAAACAACUCCAUCUAAUGUAUUGUGCAUGACACAGUCUCACUUACAUGAUUGCAAACAGUCCCCAUUAGCAUUUGGUUUAAGUCAUCAACUUAAAGUUGAUGAUGAAAUUCCAUGCCGAAAGCAAUGACUGCUAAUACAAUAUUGCAAAACUACAUUGAUGCAGCAACGCAUCUUUUAAAACCAGUUAUGCCAAUGACAUCAGUGGAAACUGGCACACAUGGUAUAUGUUGUUUUACCUUGUUUUUGUCUCCCAUUUAUUUUCGCAUAUAAUGGGAAAACACACAGAAACAAGGCGGAGAAACAAAACCACACAGUCUCCACACAAAUGCACAUAACCACACACGGGCCCUGACACUAUGUAUUUCCAUUCAGCCAUGCAGGCAACAGGAACGGGAAACGCUGCUUCCUGUGGAAGAAUGGGUGGAGGGGGCGGUGGUCACUCUGCGUGUACCCGACUGUGUAUGUGUGUGUGUUUCCAGUGUAUUGUGAAUAUAUGUGUGAGUUUAUACUACAGUUCCCUCUGUCUUUUCUACUACUGUUGUCUCAGGGGUUAUUUGUUCAUCUCAACCCACAGUGUUGACACAAUUGGCUUUGGGUGGUCACCAAAGCUGCCCUGAGACCUGAUGUUGACACAACUUGUUGAGCAUGGUUCCUAACACCAGUGGCACUGUGAAGUGAGAGGAUUUGGGGCCCCGCUCCCCUUUGGCUACACUUUUAUCACACCAACAAAAGUUACUGUAAUACAUUUUUUUACAUUUUACAUUUUUUUCUGUAGAUUGUUUCU